GGGAUGGAAGGAAUCAAAGUUUUCCUCCACGAUAGGGAACUUUGGACAAAGUUUGAUGGCGUGGGAACUGAAAUGAUAAUCACCAAGGCUGGAAGGAGGAUGUUCCCCAGUUACAAGGUGAAGGUCACGGGACUCAACCCUAAAACCAAGUACAUACUCCUGAUGGACAUUGUACCCGGGGACGACCACCGCUACAAGUUUGCAGACAACAAAUGGUCGAUAACGGGAAAGGCGGAGCCCGCGAUGCCCGGGAGGCUCUACGUCCAUCCAGACUCUCCUGCCACCGGAGCUCACUGGAGCCGCCAGCUCGUCUCUUUUCAGAAGCUUAAACUCACCAACAACCACCUGGACCCCUUUGGACAUAUAAUUCUCAACUCCAUGCACAAAUACCAGCCUCGCCUUCACAUUGUCAAAGCUGAUGAGAACAACGGCUUCGGCUCAAAAAACACGGCUUUCUGCACCCACGUCUUCUCUGAGACGGCCUUCAUCGCUGUGACUUCCUACCAGAACCACAAGAUUACACAAUUGAAGAUUGAGAAUAAUCCUUUUGCGAAAGGCUUCAGAGGGAGCGAUGACAAUGAGCUGCACCGCAUGGCCAAGCUACAAGGUAAGGACUACCCUGUGGUCCCGCGCAGCAACGUCCGUCAGAGAGCCUGCUCCACCGGCAGUCCCUUCAGCAAGGAGGGCCGGAGUCUGCACGGAUCUCCCGAAGCUGUUGGAUCCCCCUACAGCUGCGAGAACGGCUUGAGCAGCGGCAGUCCCCAGCAGCUGCUGAGGGCUCCCCCAACACACUACACCCUUCCUCCUGCACAGCUGCAGCACGGCCACCCGCCACAGGUCUACCACUGCACCAAGAGGAAAGUUUCGGAGAACUGCUCUCCGGGAAUCCGGCAGCACCCGUACAAGAAAUGCUUCACAGGUCGCUCUCCGAGUGAGGGCGAGUCUUACUAUCACCCCUCCUCCUAUCACCCUCCUGCGCCUGGUCGACCCAAUAACCCACUCACUGACUCCCCCUGCAGCUCAGACAUGGGACAGCGUCAGGCCUGCAUGUUUGCCGGCACCGAGCCCAGACUGGAUGAACUCAACUGUGCGUCCUGGUCGUACGCCUGCCCGCUCCCCUCCGCCAUGACCCCGGUGGAAACUUACCCAUCUUACACCCCUCAUCCGCCCUACAGCUCCAGCCCUCAGGGGUCCCGACUCAGCGCUUUAGCCCACCAGAGCUCUCCCUCGCUGGGGGAGCACAUCACCCACGACCCCUAUCAGAGCCAGAGCUCUGGACCUUCAUCUCAGAGCACCCACAAUAUUCACAGCAGGCAGCUCAGCCCUCCUCUCAGACAGUAUCCUCGCUACACGGGCAACCUGUCUCCUCCUCUCUACCACACACUAGAAACACACACACACAUCAGAUGUGGCGUCCCAGAAUGGAGCGCGGCCUCGUAACUGAACCAGAGGAGACAUGCCAAAGACUCACUGAGCUUCCUUGUCUCAAACUCAGUGGCCCUUCGUUAAAAGAUGCUGCGGCAUAUACACAGACGAAAUAUGACAUGACCUUUGUAAAAUAUUUGGGAAAAGGGAUUUUGUGCUGUGUGACAAAGUCUCAUCUGCUCCUCAUGUGUGCUGGAUGAAGCAGUGGAUUGAUAAAGACUGGAUUUGGAAAUCCAAGUGUUAAAAAACAGAAUUCUAUAAUCAAAGACUGGUGUCAUCCACAUGUUUGCACUGUGAGCUCUGCUAAGGACACAAGCUAAGGCCACACCAUGAAGAGCACUCGGCUGUUUUCCCCUCAACGUCUCCCACUCUCUCCAUUGUGAAGGAUGUAAAUCGUGACCCCAUGUCAGACAAGCAGUUACAUUCACUGACCAAAAUAAUCUCAGCUCUCAAAGCAGAGCCUGAGGGAGACAUUGUUUCUCUUUACAGCUCCAUGCUCAGUCUCAGUUGAGGAGAAAAGGAAAGAGUUGUCUGUGCGUGCGUGUGUGUUUGUGUGUGAAGCCCAUGUCAGUUCCGCUCAAGGAGGCUAUGAGUUCAUUUCCAAUGAGACAGGCAGAAGUAGCUGCAGGCGCUGCACCAUAGAAAUAAACAGUUUGUUUAGACCACGCUACAGGCUGAAGGACCUGUAAACACGGCUUCCACUGCAUUCUGGGUAAAUGCACAACUCAGCGUCAUGCAACUGUCACCCUGUCCUCUCAGUCACCCCCAGCUGACCAAUCAGCUUUCUCCGUUCACUGAGAGCCAGCCAAUGAACACACGCCUCUCUGUUAUCCCCAGCUAACCAGUUAGGGCUGAAGUGCAGCAUGUUUCAUGUGUGCCCAUUUUAGUUUGUUACUGAAUUAUUCAUGAGUCCGGUGUUGAUCCUUGACAUGUGAGGGUUGUACUGCAAGUCACAGUGCUGUAAAUGGCCUAAUGUUGAUGUACACAACUCUUUGAAACCUUAUUUCACCCUUUUCUUUGAAUUUAAAUGCUCCCUGUCCCGUCCAUACAGCACGUCUCCAUUAAUUGCUGUGGCAGGAUUAUGUUAAAUACAUUAUCCUGUAAAGAAACAUGUGUGUCACUUAAUGUGCAAGGUUUUGGUUCAUUGUGUAAUGAAGCAGUUUUUAUGUUUAUGUCCAGAUGUUUUACAUGCAGUAAGAUGUGAAAAGGUGCUCUGACAUUACAAACAUCAGUAUGCAGAGAGCAGAUCCUCGUCAUUCCUUGAUGUUUA